GCGCGUGAAGCACCGCGAUCGCAUCCGGGCGUGCAGAGCGCUUGCGCGCUGCUAAUUCACAUCCCGAACGUCCUCGACAUCAACACGUCGAUAGAACCGGAACUUCGGGGUGAUUUAUGGCUGACCGCGUUCGAAACGUGCUAAAGUGGAAACAGGCAUCGUUUUUCGCCCAUCAAAACUUGAUCUUUCGCAAUUCAAGCAGAAAUUUAUCUGUUUACGCGGCGAUUGUAGACUAGAAGUGAUCUAGAGUGCAGCGGGAGUGGGAGACAGGUAACACGCACCGCAACGCCGAAAGCGCCGAAAGGGAGCGCCGGAGCGACCAGAACGCCCGAGAACGCCGCAAACGCGCACACCGCGACACACUCACACGCUCGCGCACGCGACAUUCCCCGUUCUUUCGGUGCUGCCGAAAAAUCAUCAUCAUCAUCUCAGCGAGACGCGCGUGCUGCACCAACCUCGCCACCAGCUCGUGCCAGAGUCGUCGUCGUCGUCGCCGCGAGUGCAGACCGUGCAGACCUAACACCACACGAUGUCGGAACGCGAGGACAACGUCUACAAGGCCAAGCUUGCCGAGCAGGCCGAACGCUACGAUGAAAUGGUUGAAGCUAUGAAGAAGGUGGCGAAACUGGAUGUGGAGCUGACCGUCGAGGAGCGCAAUCUGCUCUCGGUGGCGUACAAGAAUGUGAUCGGCGCGCGGAGGGCGUCGUGGCGUAUUAUCUCCUCCAUCGAGCAGAAGGAGGAGUCAAAGGGCGCCGACGACAAACUGGAAAUGAUCCGCACCUACCGCAGCCAGGUUGAGAAGGAACUGCGUGACAUCUGCAGCGAUAUUCUGGACGUUCUGGACAAACAUCUUAUUCCUGCCGCUUCCACCGGUGAAUCUAAGGUAUUCUAUUACAAGAUGAAGGGUGAUUACCACCGUUAUCUGGCAGAAUUCGCGACCGGUAACGACAGGAAGGAGGCUGCAGAGCACUCGCUGGUGGCGUACAAGGCCGCUAGUGAUAUCGCGAUGACAGAGCUGCCGCCGACGCACCCCAUCCGACUGGGGCUGGCGCUGAACUUCUCCGUAUUCUACUACGAGAUCCUCAACAGUCCGGACCGCGCGUGCCGGCUGGCGAAGGCCGCCUUCGACGACGCCAUUGCCGAGCUGGACACGCUUUCCGAAGAGAGCUACAAGGACAGCACGCUCAUCAUGCAACUCCUGCGGGAUAACCUCACUCUGUGGACGAGCGACAUGCAGGGUGAUGGUGAAGCCGAAGCUAAAGAGCAACUUCAGGACGUGGAGGAUCAGGACGUGUCGUAACUUGUGCUAAACGAAUAACAGUACACAAAAAUUCUUUAAAACCAAGAAAAAACACAAAAACAACAAAAAAAGAUUAAUCCCAUCUCAAAAUUUUACAUUCGAAGCCGGAAAAGAUGCAGACAAGCGAAUUGCGCACGCGCCGACACACGGAAUCAUUGCGAGCAAGCACAAAACACACAAUUUAACAAAACAAAAGAUGAAGAAGAGAAGAAAAAACACACUUGUAUUUAAUAAUCUGUAAUAAUAAUCGAUAAGGGAAACUAGAGGAGAGGGCCACACACUCAUACACACACACAUACUAAAUCCAUACUUAACAUUAUUUAACCACAUGUCUCGAAAUACAUGACGACCAAAAGACACGAUGAUACCUUGCGCUCUGGCAGUUGUUUGGAAACUAAUUGUGGUGUUGCGUCCUCUCUUCGCGCAGUCUCCUCGAACCUCAUCGACUUGUCUGUCUUCUCUCCACGCCCACCACCGACCCCCCGCCCCCCCCCUCAACAUAAUUGAAAAUAAUUCAUAAGGAAGAUAUGAACAUGAACCUUUUUUAAAAUUAGCAUUACAAUAUUGCGAAAGGAGAAAAGAGUAUUUAAGUUAAGGGAACGAUUGUAAAUGACCGAUUGUCGACUGUUGUGUUGUGUCGCUCUCCAUAAUUCCGCAUGAUACAUUUUUCAACAUUGAGUGUUGUUGUUGUUGUAUCCGCAAAACACACACACACACAAUCAUUACAUUUUGCAAGGAGCAGAUCAAGCUGAAACAAUUCAACUAACAAUAGUACAUUGCAUACCUUUUAAGUAAGCAUAUACAUUAUAUAUAAUUAUAAUUAAUGAUACGGUGUCGAAGUGAAGCUGCAACCUGCGAGUGCGACUACAAUUAUUGUAAAACCAAAACACAAGCGCAUGAUCGAUAUAUACGCCUAUAUAUUGAUGAUGAUGAUAAUAAUAAUUACAGACAAUCGGUUUUUGUUAGGGUGUGAGGAUGUGUGUGCGGACGCGGCGAACUAAUAUCCAUUCAGAUUCGAAGCAUUCAUUUUUAUUUUUUUAUAUAUUUUUGUAAAUUUUUAUCAUUUCUAUUCUAUGUUUGUUUUCUUUAUUAUUAUUUUUCUAUUGUCGCUAUAUUAUUUUAUGAUUAAGGGUUGAGCCGGACGGCCAGAAGGGAUAUCAUUCCGUUUUUGAUUCGCGUAUAAAGUGCAUGUUACUCGUAUUACUAAUUAUUUAGUGUCAUAUUAUUAGUAUUGUAUAUUUAUGUACUUAUGUGUUUUCGAGUGCGCCUAGUAGCCGACGACGAUGAUUGUAAUUCGUAGCAAAUCGUAAGCAAUAUCCGCAAAGAGCGACCAAAAGCAAACUGAAAACUUCGAUUUUUUUGCGCCACCAACAAAAUAAACACAACAAAGAGUUCACUCUUUAACUUGAAACACUAAAUAAUAUGAGACGAGCGUCUGCAUUUUGCAUCAUCUGUGCAUUUAACGCAUGCAUUUAUAUUAUAAAUUAAACAUUUAACAAUUAGGGACGCGUAUCGUAUUGUUAUUAUUCUACUAAGUACAUAAUGUGCAACAACCAGCGUUUGCUAUGAUUUUCGGGGCUAACACUUACUACCAACUGGAAGCAACACAUCAUGCGAGCAACUAAAGUAAACUAAUGGAAAACGAGUGCUGAUUGUAUUCAAAAAUAUGAUGAAGAAAACAGACUUCACUGAAAACUAAACAUGAAAAAAAAAACAACACAUGGAUGAAACAAACAUUGAGAGUUUUUCAUUGAUUUUCACAUUUUGAUUGUGUGUAUGGAUGUACUAAGCUGUAUAGAUGGAAUAUACGAACAACAAUUGCUGUAAUUAUUAUAAAAGUAUUAAAAAAUCUGUAAAAAACAUGCGUUUUUUAAUAAUAUAUUUAAAAAGCGGAAGGUUUUCUUUGAACGCAUUGUAUAAUACACUAAUUUCUGUGUAAA